AUUGGUUUCCACAGGCGAAACACGCGGGAGGGGGGCCAUCCCAGCCAUGGCGUUGCCGGCUCGACCCUAUUCAGCUCGAGGCCGCCUGCAGCAUCCGGACGCCGAAGGUCUGGGUGCCGGGCCAGGGCAAUUCCGGGGCUUCUCCACCUUUUCGCGCUUCGAAGCGCGGGACCCCUUGCGGCAGGGCGAGGACGGUGGGUACUAUGCGAUGUCUCGACCAGAAGGGACCUCGAUGCGUACCUUGGACUUCUCCAAGCUCAAUGAGGACAGCCACAACUGGCAGCGCGCCGACACGUUUCAGACCUCUUGGGGCAACGGCGGCGAGGCUCGCAAGGCCGACGGUCACCAGGGGCCAGGGCUGCCGCAUUUGCUGCAAACCCGCGCUCAGGGCAACGAGCACUAUGGCCUGCAAGACAUGGCUUCCAUGGCCGGCUGCCCCACGAGAACCCCUACUUCCUCUUUGGACGACGGGCGCAAGGGUCCCGGCGAGCUGGCGGGCCUGCGCUCGGAGCUGCAGCAGCUGCGUGUGGACUUGCGAUCCGCAAUCGCCACCGGCCAGAUGGAGCAUGAACGGUGCCACUCCCUUGCCAGCACUCUGAAUCAGACCAUCCUGCAGCUCCAGAGAGAUGCAAAGGCAACUGCUGAGCUGCUGCGCCAGAGCAUCCGGCCUGGGGACUCCGCGGUCAUACAGGAGCCGUUGGCGCAGCAGAAAGGGGGCUUCUUGGAAGAGGAAGUUGCGCUCUACACUCCUGGGGCCAUGCAGGUGCUCACGAAGCUGGAGUCGGAGAUGCAACAACUGCGUUCCGACGUCAACACUGUCGGCAAGACCAUGGCAGGGACCAAGGAGGCUGAGCUGGCCAGGCCCAUGCAGGUGCUGACGGAGCUGGGGGCAGAGGUGCAGCAGCUGCGUGCGGAAGUGCACGACGUCAGCACCACCGUGGCAGAUGUGCGGCACACCGUGGCGGAGGUCGGCCACUCCAUGGCAGACACCAAGGAUAGCGUGCACCGGGCGAUCAACGCGGCCGUGCAGCAAUGCGUGGCGGACCUGCGCCAGGAUGUGAGGGAUCAGACGGAAGACCUGUGUCGGCAAAUGGUGAUGAAUGAGGAGGCUCGGGGCAGGGCUGGCCAAGAGCCUGAAGCUUUGGCUGAGCUGAUGGGGGAGGUGCAUCGUGCACUCACCAAGGACGAGAUGGGCGAGAACGACCAGAAGGAAUUGCAGGAGAUGAAGUCCACGAUGGAGAAGCUGCAUCAGCAAUUGCUCACUGACGUGAAGAGCUGCUCAAAGGAGGGAGUGCAAGCCAUCUGUGGUGCUGUGGAGCGCAUGCAGGAGAAGCAGAAUGAGUGGGAACGUGUCAUGGCACAAUCUGCGACACCUUCGCAGUCGCGACCGACAACAGCGCAGUCCUGCCAUCGUGCUCAGUCCUUCAACCGGGCUGGUUCCUUCGGGUCUCAGUCCUAUGCAAACCCAAGCGGAAGGCGGCAGUCCUUCCCGGGGGCUGGAUCCUUCCAUGGGGUCGACCCAGGUGGCCGGCGGCAAUCAUUCCCUAGGGCUGGGUCCUUCCAUUCAGCCGGGUCCUUCCAUGGGGCUCAAUCCCUCCCCGGAGCCGUGAUGGAGCCGCUUGCGCCACCACAAGGUGGAUUUUUAGCAGAGGAGCGGCGGGAUGCUGGUUGGCGCCAGGUGCUCGCGGAGCUGGGCGCGGAGGUGCAGCAGCUGCGUGCGGAAGUGAACCACGUCGGCAACACCGUGGAAGAGAGCAAGGAGAGCGUGCACCACGCGAUCAACACGGUGAGAGCACAGACGGAAGGCCUGUGUCGACAAAUGAUGAAGGAGGAGGCGCGUGUGCCCGAUGCAGCACCAAGCAAGGACGAAAGUGACGUCAAGGAGCUGCAAGACAUGAAGUCCACCGUGGAGCUCUUGCACGCGCAGCUGCUCGCGGAGAUGAAGAGCCGUUCCAACGAGGAGCUUAGAGCUAUUCAAGAUGCAGUAGAGCGCAUUCAGGAGGUGCAUACUAUGACUCGUUCUCUUGAGCCUCGCCAACAAGUCUGCGAGAAUCUUGGUGGACUUCGUGCUCCCAUUGAGAAAGCUGGCCCACCCAUCGAAGAAAGCAGUUCUCUGGAGCUUAUGGAUGUGAACAAGGAGCUGCGAGACAUGCGGUCCACGGUGGAGCUAUUGCACGAGCAGCUGCUGACGGAGCUGAAGAGCCGUUCCAACGAGGAGCUAAAAGCUCUUCAUGAUGCAGUGGAGUGCAUUCAGGAGAAGCAGAUGCAGGAGGUCAAUACCCCUCUUCAACAAGUCUGCGAGAAUAUGAACGGACUGUGCGCUCCCAUUGAGAAGGUAAGCACUCGCCUGGAGCUCAUGGAUGUGAACAAGGAUGAUCUUAUGAGAAAGGUGGAUGGCCUCUGCGUCGACUGGUCACCGGACCUGAAGGUCAAGGUGGAAGACUUGUGCGCCAGCUGGGGGCAGGUCUCAACGCAACUGAUGAAAUACCAGGCACCUCCAGGAGAAGUGUCCGAGCUGCGGCACGGGAGGUUCAGCUGCGGCCGGCACUUGCAGCAGUACCUUUGGGUGCCUCAAGGCUUCGACCUGCGGUCCAAGGAGGUGCUCGAGGCGGCGCUGCGCCAGUGGCGUCUGCCACGGCCCCGGCUGCUGCUGCGGUUCCUGGGCGGCAGCGCGGACCUCGUGACUCUGGAGCUGGUGCAGAGCAUCUCGCCGGAGCUGCCCAGCAAUCAGGCCCUCCUGCAACAGCUGAGGCAACUCUGGGAGGCGCAGCAUGGCAGUUCCUUCGACGAGGCCCUGACCCUCCUGCAGAAUCAGGGAGAGCCUGGCCAAUGGGAGAUCCCACUGCGAGGCGCGAACCAGCAGAUCUCCGCGGACCUCACGGACAUGCUGAAGUCCAUCUUGAAGACGGUGGCGGCUUCGAACUGCUGGAUCCUGGUGCACGGCACGCCCUGCGGCGCCCUGGCGCUGCUGGAGUCCGCGGGCCCGGAGAUGGUGGUGCUGGUGGUGGACUCUCCGUACCAUCCCAAGUACAGCGAGGUGGACAGCUGUCGCGGCAGCCCGGAGGACUGGACGCUGGACAAGGAGCGGGAUGUGCAGAGCGCGCUGGAAGAAGGGCAGGCCAUGGUGGCCACCCUGCGAAACAGCAGCAAGCCACUGGGCAUCAAUUGCGAGACCGUGCAACUGGGCACAGACUUCUGGUCUGCGAGCAAGCGCUGGGGUUGGUGGCCCUUCCGCUCCGGGACCCACUACAUCUUUACUGAGGACCCGAGCUACGGGGAGGUGAAUCUGGACCUGCUGGCACCGCAGGGCCUGCUGGUGGUGGGCGGUGAGUUGGAUACCACGAAGCAGCUGGUGAGCGGGCUGAAGGCGGGGGCGCCCAGCAUCGUCCUGGGCUCCUCGGGUGGGGCGGCGCAAAGCUUCGCCGCGGUGCACGCCUGCGCCUUCCCGAGCCACCAGCACGCCAUGCUGCGAGGGGACUUUUCGAGAUGCGAGGGGAAGCCGAAGAUGGAGUCGCUCUUCCGACAAGUGCGUCCCAAGGCCCAGUGUCGGGAAGAGGAGCUGUCGGAGCUGGCGGUGCUGUACCAGCGCAAGCCCCGCAAGAUCUGCCGCUCCACCGUGGUGCUGGAUCCCUUGGAUUCGGAGCAGCGCAACCGUCACAACGACGUCGCCCUGUGCAUCGCCAACUCCAGCUUUCUGCCCUCCUCAGAGGAGGCGGAAAAGGCCGACAUGGACCUGGUGACUCUGGCGUGGAAGUUCCACGCCCAACUGCAGAAGAUCGCCUUUAAAGAGCGGAUGAUCUCCGACGGCCUGGCCUGGCUUCUGGCCUUCUUUCUGCUGGCCGCGCACACGGCGACCUGGAUCAUCGAAGCGAGCUUUCAGGACGCAGUCAACAAAGCGAUUGAGGAGGCCUUGAUGAAGUACAUGGCAGAGACAGGUAGCUCUGCCCCGCUGCCUUUCCUUCGGUCCCUGCCAGAGUUUGCCCAAUGGCUCGUGGACAUGGAAAACUACAUGCCCAUCCUCCUGCCGUCGACCAUGGGGUUCUGCUUCGUGCUCCUGGCGCUGUCCCUGCGCCCGGCGCGGGUGAGCCCGGGGGCGCAGCUGGAGGCGGAGAUCGCGCGGUUCUGCGUGCGCAGCGGUGACUACAGCCUGGCGAGUGAGGAAUCUGGAGAAUCCAAGGCGAGUCGCGAGAUCUCGAGCCGCGGGCUCUUCGACGAGCGAGUCAGGGCUUUCACCAAGGGUCUCCAGGUCACAAGUCUGCCCAGCCCGAAGCUCGAGCGCAUCGCGCCCCAGGCUCAUCAAGACGCUGACGGCAGCGUCAACAUCUCCCUGGAUGAGUAUGUAUCGUGGCGUCUGCAGCCCUCGCUCGAGCAAGCAGAGGCGCAGGUGCUGACUCUCCGGCGUAUUGUGCGGCUUUGGGAGGUUCUUCUGCUGUUGCUGCUGGCCAGUGCUGUCUUCAUGGGCGUCUUCCGGAUGCCUUUCACAGCUUCAAUGCUGCUGGCUUUAGUUCUGAACUUGCUGUUCCUGCAGCGGCACUACCGCUUCCUGCCCCGCUACUCCGCAGCAAAGACUGCUGCACAGGAGUUAAAGGAGAGCUGGCAACGCUGGAGUGCGCUGGAUGUGCUCGACAGGUCGGAAGUUACAAAGGCCCGCCUGGUGGAUAGCACGGAGAACGCGCGCCUCAAGAUCUCCAGCGAGCUGCGGGGAAUCUGAGUCGCCGCUUAGGCCGGCUGAAAGCCGCCGAAAAAGAGAAGGACUUUCUGUGAUCUCGAGCGGGAACUCUC